CUCCGGCUUUCCCUCUUCUUUUCCCUCUUUUUUCGCCUCCCAACAAAACCCUCCCCUCUAUCUCCCAAAUCACUCGCUCUUUCAUGCAUCUCAACCCUCUUUAAUAUAUUCUUUUAUAUUUCCCAUCAGGUCUCUAUUGGCCUGCAAUGGAUUCUAUCGAGCCUGUCUCUGGUACCUCCGACCCUCCGCCCAGCCAACUCCGACCGACGUCAUACCCGGCUCGUCCGCGGGCGCCUUCGCUGCGUUCGCGACGGCCCUCUAUCAGACUCCAGCGCCUUUCUUCGUUUGGCAGCCUUGGUAUUCCACCCCCUCAGCGCAAUGCAGAGGCCGCCAACCGACCCUUAGCCUCGCAAGAUGCUACCCUCGCGUCCGGGCCCGACCCGGAUGCUGACGAUGAUGCCUGGCAGGGGAACCGACGCCGCAGCAAUUCCGAGCCCCGACCGGGUCGUUGGUCGACCACCUCGAACCCAGUACUUCUUACCCGGUUUGCGACAGGAGAUCAGAUGCACCCUGUUCAGGAGGAAGCCUCUCCUCAAAGUCCUGGGGUAGCCGCUGAUACUUUACCACCGCUGCCGCAGCAGAAUCCGGAGUCGCUGCAAAUACCCCAACGGGGGAGCCGCGGCUUCAUGCGCUGGUCCAGUGGGGUCCCCACAAAUCGGUUCACAAGGAAUCGCGCAUCGACUGUGAGUGGCAGCGCACCGGCUCAGACAGCAGACACAGGCGAUGAAUAUCGUUCCCACAUCGUGGAUGUGUUGGAUGUGAUCGAUCCCGAAGUGUCGGCACUGUCGACUCUUACAAACGUUCAGAACUCGCUGUUCGUUCCGAACUUGGGUCCUUUUGUGAACCGUAAUCAGACAUAUACUCUUUCACCGCCCCCCGCACCGCUCAGGAAUCUAGAAUCAUCGACAAGUGACGAGGGUGAAGACGAAACCGAGGAAAAGGGCCGGGAGCCCGCAGUUCGUCCAUCGGUUGAGCACACCCUUACCUCUGUGCUGGACGAAGGCGACGAGGCUCGUUUUGCUGUCUUGCCCGAAGGCAGCGAUCUCGCGGGUUGGUCCGCCGAGGAAAUUGAGGAACUGAAUGAUCAUGUCCGGCAUAUGUUGCACUCGCGGAGAUCCAAGUUCAAACGCUCCAUGAAGGGAUUCGGGAAAUAUGUCUCUAAGCCACUGGGAUUCUUGGUUACACUGUAUGCCACGUUGAUCACGCUUUUUGGCCUUGCAUGGGUGUUGUUCCUGAUCGGCUGGAUCAACGUUGGAGGACGACAAUCGUAUCUCAUCAACGUCAUCGACAAUGUCCUCGUAGCUUUGUUUGCUAUUAUGGGGGAUGGUCUGGCUCCGUUUCGGGCUAUCGACACGUAUCACAUGAUUUUCAUCGCACGCUAUACAUUCCUAACAUGGAAGAUUCGUCGCAAGCGCCAAUUACCGGAUCUCAAGAACAAAAAUGAUCUGCCAUCGCGUCGAGAGGAAGACAUUGAUGUUGAGUUCGGCGAUACCCCCAAAGAGGAAGAACAUGAGUUCAGUGUGCUCAACAAAGUGCAGCAGUCGAAGUUGAUACACCACCAAACCAAGCUCGCCAACUCGCACACGUUUUACAAACCGCACGAGACUUUCACCCAUCAUGCUUUCCCGCUGCGCUUGCUCAUCGCGAUUGUGGUCCUACUAGACUGUCACUCGCUGUUUCAGAUUGCGCUGGGCGCCUGCACCUGGGGCAUUAGCUACCACGUGCGCCCCUUUGCGCUGACAACUGUCAUCCUCUGCUGCUCCAUCAGUUGCAACAUCUCCGGUGGUGUCUUGAUUAUGAUUGGCGACCGGAGGACACGCAAGAAGGAUGUGGUUGAGCGCCUCUUCCGGCAAGAAUUAACUCAAGAAGCGAUGAAGAAGAUGCGGAAGAAGAAACGCAAGGAGCAACAGGACCACUCCGAGCAUCAAUCUCCGUUGACCAGAUCUCAUUCCAACUCGUCGCCGACUGAAGACACGGAACCAUUCCCGACUGUGUCCUGAUACCGGGACUGGCCGAUUUACCUUAUCUAAUUCACCCUAUACAUGCUAUCCUCUACGAAGCCACGAACACUACACCAAGAUCUAUGCCCGUCACAAUAACCAUCUAAUUUUCACUUGCUGUCCUGAAUCUAAUCCGUUUCCAAAUACCCAUUUUCUUUCAGCGUCCAUGACAAUCUCUGGAUGACAAUAUAGUUACCUAUACGAGUCAUUCCAAUCCAACCGCGCGUUUCUACCAAAAGCUCGCAGUACGCUUGUCGCUAUUUGAUUGUCCAUAUUAUCGUGUCAACCACAUUUGGCUGUUUAUAUACAUCUAUCUCCGUUGCUGAUUGCGGACUAGCUUUUUAGUCAACUGACUUCAAACAUUGAUACCAAUACCGUUAC